AUGGGCGCAAAUGAAUCUCGCCAAAGUACUACAGAGGAACAAGAAGGACCAGAAGACUACUACGCACUACUCGAAGUAGCAGAAGAUGCAACAGCGGAGGAAAUCAAGCGAUCCUUCCGUAGACUCGCGCUUAAGCACCAUCCAGACAAGAAUACCAACGACAUCGAGGCAGCAACAAAGCGAUUUGCUGCAAUCCAACAAGCAUACGAGGUGUUAAGUGAUGAACAAGAGCGCGCAUGGUAUGACUCUCAUCGUGCGUCCCUCGUACCUGAGCCCGAUGCCGAAACUGUCUUUGAGGAGGUCCGGAGGGGCAAUGGCGGUAGUGGACGACCAGGUGAUCGAGGACUCACUGUCAACCACCUCGCGCCUUUCUUCAAUGCAUCGAAUUGGACUGGCUUUGAUGACAGCGAUACAGGAUUCUUUACACUCUACCGUAACCUCUUCACUCGACUCGCCACGGACGAAUGUUCCCUAACCUCACAUACCCUCUCCGACUAUCCUCCAUUCGGAACUUCAACAUGGACGUGGACUAGCGCCUCGGCAUCUAAUGCUGGCGAAAACAGCAAUAGGGAGGGCGCACGCUAUUUCUAUAACUUCUGGCUCGGGUUUGGCACCGCGAAGGAAUUCACUUGGGCCGACAAAUGGAACAUCAAUGAUGCGCCUGACCGACAAGUCCGCCGACUUAUGGAGCGAGACAACAAGAAAGCACGCGAAGCGGCCAGACAAGAGUAUAACGAUACCGUCCGAUCACUAGUGAAAUUCAUCCGAAAACGCGAUCCACGCUACAAAGCACACAUCGCGCAGCAAGCCCUACUCGCAUCUGCCAAAGCAGCCGCUUCUCCACGCAGCGGGGGCGUAUCAGGCACAUCCACACCUUCUAAUCAUACAAACGCGAAACCGAAAUCCGCCGCAGCCGCUUCCACUUUCGUUCCUCAAUCCUGGCAGAACAUCGACGCUCUCUCGAGUGCACUAGACGCAGGCGACGAAUGGGCUACCGCUGAGGGCUCGAGUGCUCGUAACGGUGGCGGAGUCGGAGGACGGAACGGCGACGGCUCAGGAUCCGAGGACGGCGAGGAGGUAUUCGAAUGUGUUGCGUGUCGGAAGACGUUCCGGAGUGAGGCAGCAUGGGAUAGUCACGCUCGGAGUAAAAAGCACCUAAAACAAAUGGAGGCUCUCCGUCAGGAAAUGUUAGCGGAAGAAGAAGAGCUUGGUCUAGCAGACGCGCAAACAGAUCCCAACGAAUUGGACGAACGAGAGGCAGAUGAGGAGGACGCAGCAACAGCGGCAGAAUCUGAUACAGUAGAAGAACCUCCAACAAGCCCUAGAUCCGACACACCCGUCGCGAAGGAAGAGACAACCCCAGAUAUCUCAAUCUCAACUCAUCCCACUGCUCCCGACUCAGGAUCCGACUCGGACUCAGACGACGUCCAUCUGAAAUCGCGCAAGAAGAAAGGACGGAAAGCAGCGGUCAAGGAAGAUCUUCCAAAGCCAAAGCCCCUUGAUGCGUCAUUUGCAGGCGACAGAGACAACAGGGACGACGUAGAGGAAGCGGAACCAGACACAGACGCACACCAAGACCCACUGAAACCCGAACUCUCAAAGAAAGAAAAACGUCGUGCAAGGGAAGCCGCGAAGAAAGCUCGAGCAGAGGCAGAAGCAGCUGACACUUCCACAAAACUCAUAUGUAACGUAUGUGAAACAUUAUUCCCUUCACGCACAAAACUCUUCGAGCACAUCAACAAAACCGGACACGCUUCAGUUACUCCCGCAUCUAACUCACCACGUGGAGGCACAAACAAGAAACCUACGAAAGGAGGCAAAAAGCGAUGA